CUUGACAGCAACCUUUAUCAGUGAAAGCCAGCUGGCAGUGAAAGUCUUCCUCUCCUCUCACUCUAAGAAGAAAUACUCUCCAGAGGACCCGCAGAGAAAACGCUCAGAUGGACUGACGUCUAACAGAAUUUAGUCUACAAACAAAAACGUUGGAAACAAUAGAGCUGCUUUUUGGACUGAAACUCUCAAUUUGUUGUUUUAUUUUUUUUUAUUUAAGUGAUUAUUCUUCAUAUCUGUUUCAAAUAUUCAUUAGCAUUUAUUUUUCAAGGUUUGCUCUGUUUAAAAAGAGGACAUAUAAAGUUAUUUUUUGUCAACUCCUCUCGCAUGUUGAGUUCAGAUGCUAUUUUUUUUAAUAUUACUGUUGCUUUUUUCCAAAUUCAAAAGUUCAAAACAGAAUAAUUUAUGCUAGAAUGAUUUAUUAACUGGAUUUUUUUUCCAUAUUUUUCACUUUUUCUUCCCUUUUUUCCACGGAAAUUUGAUUCUGCUUCAGUAAUCGUUCUUACAUAAACCAGUUAUAAUUUAAACAUUUUUUUUUCUACAAAAUAAAAAAACUGCUUAUGAACAGAAAAAUCUAUAUAGUCCAGGUUUUAUAUGCUCCUUUCCCAGAGGAGAAUAAUUUCUAGAAAACGUUAGAUGGAAAAUCUGAAAAAAAAGGUUAAACGUUCAAACAAAGCACAACCUUUGGAUAAAUCUUGAAAUUGCGGACACUUUAAAAAUCUGCAUGUGUUCAUCUGAAUAAAAAAAAAAGACACAAUUGGUCUACGAGCACGGACACCCCGCACAGAAAUGAACAACAUCUCGACCACCUAAGGAGACGGAGGUCACUGGGCAUGUCCGGGGAACUUCUCUGGACAUUGUACGUCUCAGCUGUAGGUUCAGCAGCUGGUUUGUGUUGGGGCAGCUCAGAUCGGGACAGAAAGUGACAAACCAGGUUUGCUAAAAGAGCUGGUUCUCCAUCACGGAUGCCCCCUCUUACCCUCUGAACCACACGGUGGAGGCUUUGGGCAGCUUCUUCAGUACUAGACUAACAUCUGUGUUUUUAAAACUAACAAAUUUAGAAUAAAAAUGAAGGAAAAAGUCUUUCAAUUCAGGGUAUCAGACUAUGGAAUAAUAUUGAGAAAAACCAAAAAAAAAAAAUCCAAAUCAAUUAUUAUGUUUAAGAAAACAUAAAAAAACAAAUGUUCAGACAGUAUGAACUAUAAGGAUGUUGGGAAUGAGUUAUAUUAAAAAAAAAGUUCUGAGUGUGUCAUUUAUUCAAUGUAUUUUUUUUUGUCAGCUUUUGUUGCCAUUUAUUGUAUUUAUUUCACAUUACUAAGAGAUAAAUUUGGUUGAAACAGUUCAAUGGGGCAGAGAUAAUAGGUUAUCUUCUUUCUGUCCACUUUCAUUUUCCCCAAAGACUAGAAUAUUGUGUAAUUUAUUGUUGUGUGCUAUGAAAAUGAAAUAAAUAAAUAACAUAAAAAGACCACUUGGAACGCUUUUAUAAAUAGAUCUAAAGAUGAUCGGAGUCGGUCUUCAAAAACGUUCAUUUCCACCAUAGUAAAUUAAAUAAAAGUUUAUCUUAUUUUAUGUUUAUGAGCAAAAUUUCUCCUAGUACAGCUCAAAAAGACAGAGAAAUAUGGCUUUCAUGACGAGAUGUUCCCUUUUCCACAGUUUGGUGACCAUGAACAGAUUUCUGCUCCUCUCUUCUCUCCUCCUGCUUGGAGGUCAGAGGUCAUCAGCAUGUCCCGAGCUCUGCUCUUGCCGUGGGAGUCAGGUGGACUGCAGCAGUAGGUCCCUCACCUCGUCCUCCAUGCCCACCAGCUUCCCUCCAGGAACCACGGAGCUGCUUCUCCAUGACAACCUGAUCACCACCCUCCCCAACGGGCUCUUGGACGGCCUCAGCUCCCUUCGCUCCGUUUCCCUCCAGGGUAACCCCUGGCUGUGCGACUGCGGCGUCCUCUACUUACGGGCCUGGCUGCGGCGUCACAGCGCCAACCACGCGGAGCACGUGGGGGUGAACUGCAGCUCGCCCCCCAACCUGAAAGGGAGGCUUGUGGCAUAUCUAACUGAGGAGGAGGUGCUGGAGUCCUGCCAGUACUGGUACUGCAACCUGGCCUUCACCUCCUUCAUCUGUCUGUCUGUGUUCGUGGUGGCGCAGGUCGCUCUGCUGGUGACGCUCACCAUUUUCCUCAAGAGGUUUGAGAGGCUGUCCAAGGAGGCCAGACGAACCAACGAGGAGAUCUUCGCCGUCGGAGAAAGCUCAAGAGAGAACGAAUACGAGCGUUUGAAGGACAGCAGCAUCUGAAACUCUGUUUUUUCUAUUUAAAAGAUUAUUUUUUAUGAACUUCUUACAUUUAUCUGAUUCUUAAACAUAAUUAUUACUGUUUAACCUACUUUUACUAUACAGUUUGUCUACGUUAAACUUCAAGUGACUGCAAAUAUAGAAAGUUUUAACAAUUUCCCUACUUAAUAUACUCUUUAUUGCACUUUAAUCUGUCAUUUUUAAGCAGUACUUUGUCAUUUUUUCAGUUUUUCAUCACAAUUUCACCCUUUAGGCACAUCUGUUUUUACAUAUAAUGAAUAUAUUAUGUAAUAAAAAAUCCAGUGAAGUGAUCUAUUUUUUCCCCCCCAAAAAAACUUUAACAAAAUUGACAAUUGUUAAAUAAUAUCAAACAAAGACAUAAAAUGGAACAAAGGGGCCAAAGGAAGAAAGCAACAAAUGAAAACAGAAAAUUCAAGUGUUGUGUUGGUGGUUAUUUUGUUACAAUUGUUUACAAUAAAACAAAAUCAGUCAAUAGA